AUGGCAAAUACACCUGUUACCGGUUCUGUUCAACAGUCAGGUUUGCAAGCCUUUCAACAAGACCCUGAUAAAACCGCUCCUCUGAAGCGAGCAAAGAAAGAACCUGGAGCUCUAACAGGGAAGAAUGUUGUGGUGUUGAAGCCCUGUGAUGUUGUAGAAAGGGAUGGCACAGUGUUCAUGCCGAACACAAUUGAAAUGGCUCAACUUAAAAAAUCAGAAAAAGGACAGUUUAAAACGAAUGUGCAGAUUUCGUCAAAGAUGACUGUAAAGGACAUAAAACAAAUAAUAGAGGAGAGCUUUCCCUUCCUUGCAAAUAAAAGGUUAGUACUACUAUAGGGGAUUUUUUCUUUAAUCUUUAUUAGGGACCGGUUCGCCUUAUCGCCGAUCCCCCCUUUGAAUGUGACUUCACUAAAGUGAUCCCCCCUAACACCUUUUGAUGACUUUCGCGAUCCCCCCCGCCCCCCACUAUGCCUUCGUUUUCUUAGCAAAUUUGAGUGGUCCCCCCUCUGAAUCCUUCCAAAGUUUUCAGCGCUCCCCCCUUUUGGGUUCUCAGUUACGACUGAUCCCCCCAUUUGUUCUCCCAAAAAUCAACUGAUCCCCCCUAAACGUAAAGGCUCACGGCUCGUUAGAGGGUUUUUUUAAUGGCCGCCAAAUGGGAAUAUACAUGUUAGCACCGGAUCUGAAAAAAUGACAGGUUGGCUCCGGUCACGUUAUUUGCGCAGUCUUAUCUUCACGCAGACAAGGCGCAUGCUGGCCAGUCAAGUUUUAAUUCACAACGAUACUUAACAAAUGUUAAAAAAUUAUUGAGGAAAGGACAAUCGAUUCUUAUAUGGUGCAAAUGAAUUAAAAUGCGCGGUAAAAUCAAUUGUAAAUCCUCAUUUAGUUAUACGUAAGAACGAAAUAACUUACGGAAAGCUAAAGUAAAACUAAUGAAUUAACCCACGGAGAAGCGGAAAGACGACAAGUGGACGAUGAAUGUACGAAAAAGCAUCAUAAACACAAGGUUACUAUGGUUUGUUGAAAAAUAAAAGUAUGAUGAGGCUAAAACAAGCGUAACGUACGAAAAAUCGCGGGAUAAAAUAUGGCAAAACUAAACUGCACUACUACUAACAUUAGUGUUCCCGAUUUAGGAACGAAACAUCCCUUAACAUACGUACAAAGUGACCUAUGGAAAAGCGUUUAAAAGACAGGGCUAAUACUUUAUAAACGACGCUGAGAUGUCAAAACGAGACUCAAGGAGAAGAAUGCGAAAGUAAUGCUAAUGCUUAACUUCCCUUUUAUAUAUAACUUCUUAAUGAUCGAACAUUUCCCGUUGACCGUGCGUUAUUUUAUAUACUCGAUACCUAAAGCUAAAGGUAGACCUGGUCACUUAAACGUCAACUUGUUAAACAUAGCAAUCGGUCAUAGUCUUCAUCUUCAAAGCCGUCAUCAUAAUCCUCAUUAUCAUCAACAUCAGCAUGAGGGAGAUUUAACUGUCGGAUGAGGCCACAACUUCCUCUGUAAUGUCAACAGAGAUCUGCUCAGGUCUUUCAUCGUUAACAAAGAGUGCAGAUUCUUUUGCCACUUCUUCGACAUGUUCAACACAAAACCGACACAACGGUUGAAACUAGGGACUUUUAGCAUCGACAAAGGUGACGACAGCGAAAACGUCACUUUUAAAAUGAAUUGGUGUCUUUUCCAACUUUGUCGCGUUUAUUUCAGUUCGCUGAAAAUAGCUAACGUUGGUCAAUUUCCCUGGAGUUGAUUUCUUUGGGACCGCACUCAAGUUUAUAAUCAGUGCUACGCAGUUUUUGAAAAUAUUGGAGUAGUUCUCGGUAAAACAGAAGAAUUCUCUUGUCUAGUUUGUCAGUAAAAUAGUUUCAAUUAAGUAGAAACAGCAGUCGGCGCCAUAUUUGUCAAAGUGAUGGUUGGGGAUUGUCGUCCAAAAUCACUAACCUAAGGGUUGCUUGAAAGUCUGCUUAUUCAACUCAGGCGAAGCGCUUUGAAGGUAGUCCUAAAGCAAGGGGUCAAGUUUAAUCCACCUUUGGAUAAUGGGCGGAACAAAACGCGUCGCUUGAUCUCUUCUGUUUUAUUCCUCCAAAUAAAUGCAAAUAGUUUUUCUGCGUCUGCAAAAUAACUGUUUCUGGAACAGGAAGUAUAGGAAUUCUUCAACUUCGGGCCAAUUAUCAGGAGAUGAAUAUCCAUUCUUUAUAACAAUGUUGAAAACCGCGUCAUGAAAGCUAGUUAAAUGACUAACUACUUUAAAGUGUCCGGAGGUGUUCGCCAAGGGUAAUGCUAGCCCUUAAAGUACGCCAAGAUCAAAUCUGUCGGGGAAUUGAGCUCUUAAAUGGACGAAAUGCCAAGAUUUCACAGUUCGCGGAUGACAUCACACUCGUUCUUGAAAAUACUAAGUCACUAAGAAAUGCGAUGAACAUAGUGAAUUCAUUUGUAGUAUUGUCCGGCUAGCGAUUAAACCAAAAGAAAACCAAAGCUUUGUGGAUCGGUACUUGAGCAAUGACCAAACCCUUAGAACUUAAGUGUCCAAAAGACCCCAUCAAAUUUCUUGUGAAUAAAAUUCCAUUCAAUGGUGUCGAAUGCCUCGGAAAAAUCAAUAAAGAGAAGAAUACCUGGGAGUUUUUUGGCUUCGGUGUAUUCUAUAAUUAACAAUUAAUGAAUGAGGCUGAGUAUCUUCUGAACACCCUCCUCGAUCUCCAUAAUUCUUCAUAUGAUACGAAUUCAAUAAUUGUUUUAUUUUUCAUUUAAAAUAAUUCCUAGACCUAAGUUAAAAAAUAUAACUAAAACAUGCCUACCUCCAUCUAUGUUAAGUUCAUCUUCGAUAGUGCACGUUUAGGGUUGUUCAGCUCCGCAAAUAUUCUCCAAAUAGCGGAUGUCGCUCUUCGAGUUGUCUUCUUGCUGUUCUUGCCAUGUUUUUAGCUAUUAUUUAGCCUAGUUCUUUCUCUUGAAAAGAGUGAAAUGUCCACCACUUUGUUUUCACAACCAAAACAACUCAACCUCGUCCCCAGGUCUUCUCGGUUAACGAUGCAUUAACCUGCAAGAAGGCUGCAUUUUUGGCGUCAUCGGUUGAUUAAUCGCAAAAUUCUUCCAAAUUUGGUCAUCAGUAGCUGGUUAUGGUGAAAUUUUUUAGUCAGCGUUUAGGGGGAUUAGCGGACGCCAAUUUAAGGCAAGGGUCGUCUUUCGGUAUCAAACAAAUAACUCCACGCCUCUGAGAUAUUGAAAAUUGCCCUUUGAUGAAGGCUUUCAUUAAAUGAAUUAAGAAGGUGUUAGCCAAUCAGGUCAAAGAAUGUUUCUUAAAAUUCUUCGGAAAAGCCAUACUCACCAGGAGAUUUAUUGUUUUGAAAUGAACUCAAGACAUUUUUUAGAAGUGUCAGAUUUGAUUCAAGAUCCAAUAAUUCCUCAGGUGAUAAUGGUGGUGGAAUUUGUAGAUCCGCGACAAAACAUAGAGUCGGUGGGAUUUGAUGAAUUUCAUUGUAGUAGAUUACCGGUAUUAAAUGAUUCUAUUUCCUUGUUAAAUUUCGCCUCAAGAAAAUAGCUUGGUUAUCUGGAGCAACUGAGGAACGGAUCUCAGCUUUCCAAAUGUUAUUAGUACUACGGAUAUGUUAAUCGACUUAUAUAUCCUUAUCUUAAACGUCGAUGGCUAAAGUUGCCUUUUUUUGUUUUUACUUUGAUCUAAAAACAACAACAACAGACUUUUGGAAUGAUAGAUAACGCCCGGGCAACACGAAAUUUGCUAAUGCUCCACUCCCGGGACUGACAAGGUAGGCAAAUGCCCUACGGUGGCGAGGGGAGGGAUUUGGCGCAGAUGAAUUCGGCUGUGAAUAAUGUUCAAAAACAGUGUAAUUAUUCUAACUGUCAUCACGCAAGAAUGUUUUAUAAUUCUUGUUUUAAUGAACACUGUCAACAAUCUAUCUAAUGAUAAUUAUUUCUACGGUCAGUACGAUAUACAGGCUCCUGCUAAGGUUUGUAAUGGGAGUAGAAACGUCUAGGUAUCUGUCUUUGUAUCUGCAGCUGAAGAACCAUUUUUGCAAUGUUAAUGAUGAAACUGUUUUUGGGUCUCAAGCUCCUAGUUUUGUUUACGACCAUGAUAAUCAAAUAUUCCUUCAAAACCGUAAACUUCUGAAAAAAGGGACGGAGCUCACAUUAAUUUCGCAAUGAAUGGUUAUUCAGAGCAGCCACCUCAAGGAAUAGGGGUCGGGGGGGGGGGGGGGGAGGUGUGGUGAAGGAUCUGAAGAAUUGUCUAACAUAGUAAACGUUGCCAAUCUGCUGUUUUUAUUUUCUUGACAACAGGUAAGAAUGUACACGAAGAGCAUAGCGGUGUUUUAAAAAAGGAAACUCCUUUUAUUCUGUUGUUUUUGAUUGCUCUGAUCAAGAAACGGUCUUUUUCUUUCUUUUUCUUAAUAGAUUUUAUUGUGCUGGAGCAGCUGUUAAUCGCACAAGAUUAGACUUCGAUGGAGAGCGUCGUAUUUGGGAUGGAAAGUUUUUAAAGCAGAAAAUAAAGGGAAACUCAGCCCUCUACAUUUAUGCUGAUGAGGUAUUACAUAUUAAAAAAAUAUGUAAAACUACCUAGUGCUAUAUACAACUUAAAUAUAGGUUAAGUGGAUGUGCCUAUUUGUAUGUCGCUUUCAAUGUUUAGUUCCAAGCACUCCCUGUAAUUAAAAAAAAGGAACCUGAAGCGUUCGCCAUCUUGAAUCCCCCAUUUGGAAUUAUUGAAAUGUAUUCCAGGGUGUAUUACUCAGCCUUUUGUGUGUUUUCAAAAACCUUACUUAAUUGCCGGAAUUUGUGAAUAUUUUACUUUAUGUCGAGGGUAGACUAACCCUGUAUGAAUGUGUCGUUAAUGUUUGUAUUCAACGGUAAUUUUUCACUCGAAACUGUACUAUUGUUUAUUAUUUUAGUUACUGAUUGAUGAAACUAUUAGUUGUAAUUUAGACUGCUUAUUUUAUUAACUUUUAAAGCUCCCUUAAAAAUCGCUAUUCUCCAUCAGGCAAGUUUUGGCAAACAGGAUCCCACGACAAGCUUAAAGUUACCACUGAAACGCUCCCAUGAUCAGAUGACGACAAUGAAUAACCACAAUGGGACUGAAACAGCUGGUAAUUCCAUUAACUUGUAUUAAGUAUCCGAUCAACUUGCAAACUGGAUUUAUAACUCUGCAUUAGUUCACUUUAGCUCAAUGUAAUUGUAGGAAUGAAAAAGAAUUUCUUUCUUUUUGGUAUUUGGUAGCUAUUGCUUCCUCAUUGAGACUGAAUUAUGGUGAACCGUCAGAGAAACUAAAAAAAUAAUAGGUAAACAAACUAAAAGAAAACAAAACAAUUGAAAAUUAAAGAUGAUAUUAAAUGCGAGUUUUAGAACACAAAUCUGGCUCUUCAAAAACUCAUAAACAUUGUCCUAUUGAAUGCAAGGAUUUAAUCACGUGUAUAUUAGGACCUAAGUUCGAUUGUUUAGUCGCUAACUAGAAAACUGACACUUCACUUAACGUUUAGUCGGACUCCAUUCGAGCAAAACUUAUCGCCGGAAUUUGCAUAUUUCUUUAUAAUUGUUAAUCUUUUUAUCUACCAGACACUUUUUGAACUUAAAAAUGCCGUCACGAUGACACCAAAACAUUAUAUUUUUUAUAGGACCUUAAUUCAUUCCUUAGGUUAAUUUUUUGAAACUUUUACAAGUUCAAUUUUGCAAGUUAAGCUGUUGUUUUAGAGUCUAGAAGCAAUAGCUACGCAAGUAAAUUACACAGGUAAAAAGGUUAUUUAAUUGACCUCUUGUAAAAUAUAUCUAACGCCAGGGAAGGGAUUUGAACUUCAUCCUCGGGAGAAGUGCAAGGUUGAAUUAUCAUGACAGAAACAAUGGAAUGUUUAUUAGGAUGAUCACUUUAUAUAAAACACUUAUUACGACGAAAUCCACUCCAAUUUCAAUUUUCAGUAGACAGAAACGUUGUACCAGAAUAGUUUCCAAUCAAAUGAAUAUCGCGCAUUCUAUUAAUAUACUUUUCAAGAAAUAUAGAUAUAUUUAGUUACCUGUUAUAACACCAAAGGUAGUUUCUUAUGGGAGCCCGAGAAACAUAUCUCACAUUUCACAUUUGAUAAGUGUAAAAAAAAAAAAUAUAUAUAUAUAUAUAUAUAUAUAUAUAUAUAUCAUGUGCAACACGCUUUGAACUAUUCUGGUACAAGGUUUUUGCACAGUGUAAAUUAAACUUAUUCAAUUUCCUGAUGGAUUCCGUGUUAAAAGCGGUCAUCCUAAUCGGCAAGUCAUGAAAAAAAAAAAAAAAAAAAAAAAAAAAAAAAAAAAAAAAAUUUAAAAUAUAAAAAAAAAAAAAAAAAAAAAAAAAAAAAAAAUUUUUUUUAAAAAAAAAAAAAAAAAAGAUAAAAAAAAAAGACAAUAAAAAAACCCCCACUAUUAAAAAUAAAAUCAAAAAAAAAAAAAAUAUUUUUAAAAAACUUCUUGUCCUUAAAAAAAAAAAAAAAAAAAAAAAAAAAAAAAAAAGAGAGAGACAAAAAAUGUUCAGCCUUAAACAAACCAAAAACUAUCGACCUGUCACCAUUUUUUUUGUAAAAUGACAUACAAAGUUGUUAAACGAAAGGACGUUAAAAUAGCGCCAUCAUUACAAGAUACGCCUUACAAAGCAAGGAUUAUGUUACAAACAAUUCUUGCCAGUUUGCAAUUCUUUAAAAAAGCAAAUCACUGUAUCUCAGAAUUGUGUCGCGUUUCACUAGGAUUACCAUUUUCUUCGAGCAAUUCUUUUCCUAAAUUCUUUCGGACAGGGUUAUCACGAAGGAAAGAAGACGCUUGAACUGUGCAUUUCAGUGUCAAAAUGUAUUUUGCAAUUCAUAACUAUAUUUGUUCAACCUGUAUUAUUUUACCUGCUUUUAACUGGACUUUUUUUAAUCAACGCGUUUUAAAAGAGAACAACAGCGUUGAUCAAUACUAUAGAAUAAAUGAAAUACUCCUGGGAAGUUUUUGAAGCUGUUUUAAAAACAUUCAGAACACUUGUUUUGUCAAGUCGAAAAAUUUUCGUUUGAAUGUUUUGGUGUAAUCACUAAUUUUGCUUUCUAAUCAAACCACAGCUUGGACAAUGACCCAAGGAAGCUUUGGUUCUCCGUUAGGCGGGAUGGCUCAGGAUACCAUUUGCAUAGCCUCUAAUUCACAAACAGGAGAGCAUGUGUCGCAUGCUACUGAUAGGGAUGCUGCGACUAGAAAUACUCUCCUGCCAUUGUAUCCACCGGGACCACAUUCACAUUCAGACCUGCAAGAAAUGGUAUCGCAAUCGUUGACACCUGAGAUGGAUAGCUUGAAUAUUGCCAAUACAGCCUCUGGGCGGGAAAGGGAUAAAUGCUCGCAGACAGCAGCCGGUGGAAAUAUCUUUACGAACGUUUCUUUGGGGGCGGUGGAUAAGCAAGGUGAAGGCAACGGCAGCGAGAGUAUUGCAGGCGAGCCUUUUCACCCGCUAAAAAAGAGUUCUUUUGGCAACGCAGCAGAGAAGAACUGCGUCAGAACCAAAGACAUCAAUGGACGUAACGAAGUUGUAGGAACUUCAGAAUCAGAAAAUGAGGUGAUGUUCUAGAGUAUCCCGCUUACCGAUGCUAUUGACCUAAAAAGUAUACGUUUGGGAGUUUUUAAAAUAGAACUAUAGCCUUAUGAAACAAAAUUUUGUACUUUCCGGUGGCAUUUAACCAACCACAAUAACAACAACAGCAGCAGGAACAACAACACAAAACACAAUAAUAAUCUUUAAUUUGGUGGUGUAUAGACUCACUUAAUCUGUUCCCUCCUUAUUGUAACUUAAUUUAUUGUCAGCCUACCCUGUGAAGCAAGCGUUUUUGUUCGAGAUAUUGCGCGAAAUUUGUACGGGGAAACGGUUGGUACGCAAGCUGUUGUCAAGCCAGGUCAAGCGUUACCAAGAUUUAAUACUCAAAAUCAGGCAGAGAAGAUAUCUCCUCCACCUCACUGUUCAUUUCUGUCUGGAAUUUGAUAUGAAUGUCCACUCACAAAUAUUCAAUCAGGUCCGGCGAAUAACGAAAAGUUUGUCUCCUGACUAAAAACGUUGCUACUCGGCGUUUACUGACAAUUCACAUACUAGUCAGUUGAAAGUAAGAGAUUUUUCGAGUGAGGCAUUUAUUGCUGCAAUUGAAAAUUAAAGGUUAAAACCCGAGCAUUCGCCGAUCAACAGCAUGAUCAGGGAUCCCUGAAAUUAAGUCUUUAUGAUUAUUUCCUUUACAGUCGCAAUUAUCAGACUCGGCUGUAGACUGGUCCACAGACCCAGAGUCGAAAUCAUCAGACUUGACUGUAGACAGGUCCACGGACUCAGGGAUUGAAGCAAAUGAUGCCUUUUGUGUUAUUGACGGUGAGUUAAGCGCUAAAUUCGAAUAGACAACAACAAAAACAACAACAAGGAAAAUAAAAACCGUAAAACUGUGACAAAACAUAGGGGUACCAUGGGGAUAUCUUUAUCAGACUAAACUUAAAGGUUCCACUUUAAUAGUAGUACUCAUUUUCGUAUCUCGCAAACCCUCCCAGAGAACUCGGUGCUGCACUAACGUUAAGCCCUGCCGAAACUGGUUCACUUCGGUUACCAGCAGCCUGCGAAUACAACCGUCUCUCCUCGUUCGUUCCUCGCUACUGCACACGUUUCCUUAGCGGCGAGUAGAGAGAAGAGACGGCUGCAUGCGCAGGUUAGAUGACCAGCCGCGAACAUACCGUUCUCUUGAUUAUUUAAUUAUUAUUAUUGAUUUGUUUUAGUUGUAACAUUAAAAAGGCGUAUUGCAAACCAUAUGUAGCGUAAUUUCUGUCGUCGGAUGGAAAAAUAGGGAAGUUCUCAUGUAAAUGCCAAUAGAGUUCAACCAUAGAUCGAUGUAUAGACUGCAAAACAGUCGGGUUUUUUUUUUUCUCAAAAUCAGUAAGCGUCUUUCCCCAGUCUCGCUCUCUGUUUUCAGCCUCGUUCAGACCAUUUGUUUGACUGCUGGCUUGAAUACGCAAAAAUACGGACUGUUUUUCAGUCUAAUCGAUGUACGGAGCUGGAACAUAACCAGUGUGGUUUUGCUUCAGGGUGAACAAGAAUCAAAUUUCAGGGGGAAGUAAGGUUUUGACGGUAAAAAGCUGGAAUGAAACGCAUUUCCGUCAGACAUAUCCUGCGACCGAAGUAAUCUCGUCCGCGAAAUAAAAACCGCAGUGCAUUUUUGUUUCUUGAAAUCUCGUUUUUCGCUGGUAUUUUAAAGCUUCUGGUCAAAAUUGCUUCAAUGCGUUCUCUGUAAAUUACUUUUGCCAUCAAAAUGUAUCGCUAAAAGUAUUUCUUGACUGCCAAAAUGGCCGCGCAAAAACAGUCAAAAUAAUGGACCAGGUUUGCAGCUUGAUGACGUCCUUGAGGACAGAAAUAGAAAUAUAGGCCAUCCUAGUUUACAAGCUUCUACGUUCUACGCGCUUCGUGGGCGACAAAUUUAUAAACGGAUGUUACUAAAACGAGGAGCAAAGAGCGUGGAACAAGCACGGCAAACGUGUAAAUGGAAAGAAAAUGGACCAAAACAGGGAAUUGGAAAUGAAGUUACUGAUAUGGGUAGGGUUCAAGUUAGGUAUUGUUCCCAUUAUUUCAUUCUCCCGUUCCCUUUGCUCGUUUCCCGCUCCCCGUUGCCGGUUUUGGUAACGCCCAUUCUUAAAUCUCUGCUUCUUUGUCACGGUGCUUGUCAAUAACUAUCAUCUCUAUAACUUGCCACUUAUCUUUUGCGAAGAACAUAAUUAUGCGGUUCCUGUGAUCUACCUUACCGUCCUCUAUAUCGUCCUGAUUAAUUAUUGUGCGGCAACCCAGACUCUCAUAUUAAUUCUAUGAAAAUUAUUUCUUUCUUUAAUAUAUAGGGUCUUUAGAAAAUAGCCUUAAAUCAUUUUUAAGUGGUUUACCUGAUCAAACCGAGAGUGAAAAGGAUUGGUCUUUAGAUGUCUAUCCUCCCACUUCUUCUCAGGUAAAUUAGUUUAUUUAUACCUUAUAUUGAUGCAACAACAAUUUGAAAGUAACUUCUGCAAUUUCAGGAAAAACAUAGCAAAUAUGGAGUUCAGCUUUUAUGCUACGUCCUUGGACACUAUAAUAAUAAUAAUAAAGCCUUUAUUAAAGAGGGUAGCACUUAAUAGCCAAAGGCUAAUAAACUUGUGGCCCUCACUUUAUGUUGAAAGUUGUCAUUUAUGACGCCAUAUUAUAAAUCAAAUGUAAGAGGGGUGUCACGAAACCCCAAACCUUAGACAAGCGGGUGUCUCGAACAGUCAGGCCCCGGAAAAGCUGGGAAAAAGUUCUGGAAACGAGUUUGGUGUCUGAAAAAGAAAACACUCCUUACGUGGUUUGAAAUUUGACAUAAUUGCUCAUACGAAACUAAUUAAGUGGAUCAGGGAAAUGUCAUAAGAAAAGUAAAAUGCAUUUAAAACAUGAGACGCUUCCUCAACUGCCCACACUUCUGUGAUUGGUGUCAGCCCUUACCUCAGUUGGCCCCUUUUCUUGACAAACUUUCUUUUGAAAAAUUAGUGUCCGAUAUAUACAGAAAGGUAAACUUUUACGUGGGUGGCAAAAAUGGUAGAAUUUUGCCCGAUGUUAAAACUGCAAAUUUUGAUUUUCAGAUGAUUAAUGCCUCGAGAAUUGUCUCUACCUUAGAGGACAUUUGUUGUGCUGAAAUACCAGAUAACAUUUCGGACAAAGGGUUGGAUCGGUUAGGAGGUACACGAAUUAUAACUAAGUCAGUUUUUAUCAGGUAUAAUCUUGCAAGGUCCAUAUAUACUAUCCCAGUUAAUCAAGAAUUAAUUGUUUGUGUCACUGUAAAGGUGUGAUGUAAGUAUCUUAUGUUCGUACUAUCUGAGGAGUGAGUUUAGAACAGCUUUAUUUUUCUUUAAAAAGUGAUGAACUUCCUUCAAGUGGCAUUUUUGUCUCCUUGUAAUCGUGGCGAUAUUAUUUUCACUAAACAUCGUUUAAAUCUUCCGGCUAGAUUCUUUUCAAGCAAGUUUUUCGCAUGAUGUCAAUUGUUGAAUAAUUUCUCUGUUAUUCGCGAACAAGUGAUUUGUUACCCGAGGAUAGAAUUGAACCACGAUGUGUAUAUAAGUCAUUUUUUUGUUGAUGUAUACUGUUAUCUUUUUUGCACAGUGGUUGGAGAUAUCUGCCCACGGUCUGGCCCUCUCAAGGUGACUGUUUUAACAAUUUUUAUUACAGGCUAGUUAAAUAUCAAUUUUGUAGUGUGCUAGUUCAUGUUAACACGAAAUGCGAUGGUUUGAUCAACGAAUUCCUCCCUCUCGGCAGCUGUAAUUUAGCAUCAGCUAAAGAGGCCAGCAUAAUUUUUAUAAGUAACGCGUCGGGCAGUUUUGUCAGUUGUGGUUCUUGGUCUACGGAUAGUGACUUCAAACGAUAUUUAGAUUUAGGCACUCCAUUAUAUAACCCUCAAUAUGGCAACUGUUCAAAAUAUGAGUUAGAAAGCAGUGCUUAUUUAAGAAAGGUAAAGGUUAAACCAAACUAUGUGGUUUUACCUAAAGAAAAAACCGUUUCAAAUAUCGACGAAGGUCUCACAGGAAAUAAAUACAAAAGAAGGUACACAGAUGGGAAGCCAUUGUUGAGUAGAGCUAUAUAUAUAAUACUAUGGGGACCAGGAACUUCGAUUUUUUUUUACAAGUGAUUUAUGCGAUAAUGUUAAGUUAAAUAGCAAACAAGGACGUGUACAUAUAAAUAGAAACAUUAUCAAAAUUAACUAGACAGCUGUGGCACGGCUUCUUUAUAUCAUCCAUGGAAUUUAUUUAAAUAUAUUUAAAGGAAAAAAAAUAUUUUCAAGAGGGUAAUGUUCUAUUAACAGCCUGUUCAAAAGACUUAGGGGACGCCUCAAUGCUUGCAAAUUCUCCGCUAAAAACAAAUGCCCUUGAUUAUUUUAUUCAGACCGGGAGAGCUUUUGAGGCCCCCUCUCACUAAAAAGUUGAACAACUUCAAAACCGUUCAACCUAGGACUACCAAACUUUGCGACUUUUCCUAAAAUUUAUCUGGAACAAUCGUUGUUACGUGUACGUCAACAUUGAUGUUACCAUGGCAACAUAGUUUUGACAGCCAUGUUUUUCAAAAUUUGCGUUUUCUCUGAAAGGAAGUUUUAUUUCCAUUUUUAUCAACUGGAUUAUUAUAUUACACUUAAUUUAGCUUUACUUUAUCAAAGUUGUUGUAACGAUUAACGAAAUUCAGGCUUUUUAGUGACUAGGUGAGAAAAAACACGAGUUUAACAUGACCAAAUGGCAGAUGCUGAGUUUAAUUUUCAACAGUGUUCAUUUCUCUCGGAAUUUCGUAUUUUACUAAUUCUUUAUUUUAUUUAUUUUUUUUUUUUUUGCUUUAUAAGCAUCUUUUUACACUCAGAUUAAGUUUUCUGUUAAAAUACCUCGAUUUCUUAUCUUGUAUGAGCCCUUGAUUUUGUUGAGGUUUCUUUUCUUUCUUUUUUUUUUUUUUUACAUAUGCAUUAUCAACUAAUCUUUUUUGAUCAAGAUGAAUGGAUUUCAACUAAAAUCGAAGGACGCAAGUAUCCAGCCGUCUUGACCGAAGAAGCUUGGUCAAUAAAGGAUUUAUUAUAUGGCCUAAUAGAGAGCUUUUUCUUGUGUUCUUGUGGGACCGACGUAGGACAAGGUGUGUCCAUCUCGCUCGCUUACGUAGUCAUCAGAACACAGGAUUGGCACGCUCGCAGAUUAAGCCAUUUAAUAAAUAAGGGUCAGUGUUAUCAGCCCAUUUUCUUUUCGGCACAGGGUGAGAUUGAAUUUUAUAUAUCACUGACGAAAGAGUUGCCAGACGAAGUUAAGGACGGAGUGGCACGUUUUGAAGGGGUUGACGACGUCAAGGUUGACAAGUUAAACUCUUUUACCCUACGUGGAACUGUCCCUCGUAAGUACCAGUAGAACUGCUAAUUAGUAAUUUAAUGCCGAACUUCCGUUUAUAUACUUUUGGUGACUUAAAGCAAUAAACUUCAAAUUUGCCGGGUGGAAAAAGUUGGAAUAUUUUCGAAAAAUUAUCGUACAAUGAAAAAAAAACUCCUCUAUCAAGCUGAUAGAUCAAUAUUUACAGUAACAAACAUAAAUCACAUUCGAUCACAGUAACAGGCUUAAAAAGGAAUUCUUGCCCAUAUAAAUUGCAACACCCCUUCUCGCGCGCGGACGUUCCACUACAACUGGACUCCAUUUAAUAUAUAGGAGUUUCAUGGAAGACCAUAAUUUGCAAAUCAACAGUCAGGAAAACAUCAGUCUAUAAUUAUGAAGGAAUAAACAAUAGGAGGCGAAGAAAAUUAGAAAUGAUUUUUUCCCCUGAGUUAAAUUCAUUUCAUUCAUUUUCUGAACUGCAAAUCUGUUUGUUGAUUAGUAAGGGGAGCUGCAGAGCCCUUUCGCUGAACGUUAACCCUAAUAAAAAAAUUACAUGGGCCAAAUGAAAAGUGAAACAUUUUUGUCUCAAACAGGGUCAAACCUGAAAGGCCUCGUCGGUAAACCUUCCCCCAAACUUCGUUCCCUUGAUUGUCUCCCGGAGACAUGUCCAGACCCACUGUGGCUAGUGUGUGUCUGUGAUUACUUGAUAAUGACCAUUUUAAAUAUGCUUUAGCUUCUCAAGUGCCUGGUGACGUAAACGUUACCGUCCUAACAAAAUGUGGUAAGGAACUAGGAGUGACGUUUUUCACGUACAUUGACGAGAUGAGAGUUAUGGUCCAGAACCUUGUAAAGAAUCCAAUUCUCCAGUCGUUCUUUUUUUCCAUGUGGUCGCACGAGGCUGGAUGCCUUGCAACAGGCAACACCAUUACACAGGUCUUAGGUCCACUGAAUGUAUCUGACCAAGGUAAGCAAAACACUUUCUGUGUAAUAUUUUCCCUACCUCGUUAAAAAUUUGACAAUAACAGGGUUUUCCUUUAGCGCUCGCCCACUCGCCAAUUGACCGGGCGAGUAGAAAUUGUUAGUAGGUUACUCGUCCGGAAUUUUCAUCUCCAGGAAAUAUCCAAAAAUGAAACUGUCAUAGAGUGAUUUUUUGACAAAAUUAUAAUUCAAACGUAAACAUCAAUACGACUACUCUUUCACAUUCUGAAAGCCUCGCACAUACACGCAUACCUAUUUUUAAGAGUUUGCUGAGCAAGUUUUGACGUAAAAAAUGAAUAAAAUGAUGUAAAAGACAAAUAAUGAACUAUAGUUUGAAACUAAUGCAAUGGACCUUAAAAAGUGCACUUUUUAAGGUCCACUGCAUUGGUUUCAUAAUUUUAUAGUUUGAAACUAAUGCAAUGAACCUUAAAAAGUGCACUUUUUAGAACUAACAUACUCUCUUUUUUAGAUUCUUCAUUUCAAUCAAAGCAACAACAAUCAUUAAAAUUUCUUCAGCUACUGGUUUACACAGCAGCGAAAACCGAUGCUCGACAGUUUAUCGAAAUGAUCUUCAGUACUUCAGCCGGGCAAAUUGUCUUUAACUCUUAUAAGGAUAGAACACCAUUACCUGAGGAUGUUGCCCGAGCUAAUGGCCAUGAAGAACUAGCUCAGUACCUAUUAGAUGUACACACAAGGUACAGUGUAAACUGUACCCAUAUGUAUGUGUUUUUUCAACCUGUGAUAAAUAUUUAUCUCUUUUGAAAAUGUGCUAUUAGAAUAACUUCGCGCAAACAGAGCCUAAUAGUACGUUCAGCGAUGGCUUGAGAUGAUUUAGAUUAUCAGAGUCAUUGUUCAACAUUGUAAUGUACACCAUUCCGACGAUAGACCUCUUUCCCUUGUAAGUUGUGUUUUCCCAGUGAAGGUCUCAGGGAAUUUUACCCUAGCUGCCACCGGGCGUUCUAUUUUUGGGGGAAAGAGCGAACGUCGGGGAAGACAGUCGAAUAACCUGUUAUCAGGCGGUCCAUCUUGAUCUUCUUCUGCGAUCAGGUAGUCCUUCUAUAUUUUGGAGACGACUUUCGCGCUCUCCCCUAAAAAAGAACGCCUGAUCGCAGGUUACAUACGUCACAAUUCUUUGCUCACUGUAUGUGGAAGUUACUAGCUAGAAGAUCUGUGUAAAAUAUUGGAAAAUGUUAGUAACAUGUCUAUUCUCAAUUGUACUUUGCAGAUUAUCUAAAGACGAAGAUGUUCAACCAAAUACAAUUGACUGGUUAGAACUUGUCGAAGCAGUGCAAAAACAAUCCUGUAAGUAGCAAUUUGCAGCGAAAUAAAAAAAGAAAUGAAACCUGUGGCUAAAAUGGAUAAUUUUAGCAGAAAAAAAUGGAGUCUUUGAAAGAAGGCCUAUCAUAACUCAAGGAAACGUAUUAUUUGGGUUUAAUUUAGCAGCUUGCAAAAAAAACAACGAGAAUAAUGGCGGGGUGUCUGGCGAUUAGGGCGGAUGGAAACAGGGCGAGAUACUGUACUGACUUACAUCGUUAAUGCAUAUUCCGGGGUUUAAUUUAUUCUUUGUUCAAUUGUUCGUUCUUUUGCUUUAUAUUGAUUAUACACUUACCUUGUCAACAUCAAAACAAGACAAAAAAGUAAUUGAGUCAUAAUGUUACCCUUCAUCGCAAAUACUCGUGUGUUGAGUGACUUUGGGUCUUUGCAGUAGUUUUUUGUUUUAGUUAGCGGAAUAGAAACUGGACACACUUUUCUUUUCAGUGGGAACCGUGGAUGAGUCAGCCAUUCGACUGGACCAGUAUAGCGAGGAUGACGACGAUUCAAGAAAUUACUUUGCUGAUGCUGAAACGUCGUCAUGUGCAGGAUCCUUUGACGAAUACACUGACUGGUCUGGAAUUGCGGAAAACAGGGGUAGGUUCAUAUGCCUAUACUAGUAAUAGUCCACACUACAGCUGCCCCGGCCCCAGAGUUAGAGUGCUUCCUCGGGAUUUCGCCUUUUGGGCGACUGCGGGGGCAAUAAACCCUGCUCUCGUACAAGCUUUGCAUCAAGAGAGCUUUUCGUGUAUAAGCCCUCCAAAGGUCAUUGUUUCUUUCUCUUAGGUCCGGUUCAAACGUCGAAUUUCACAUGUGCCGAACUUAACGCGACAGUUAAAUGCAAGUGUAGUGCGACGUUUGAAUCAAUUAAAUUCGACUGUUUAAAUUAAAUGCGACGUUUGCCGUAUCUGCGACUGAAACAGUCGAAGAUUCGACUUAGGUUCUACUUUUGAUUCAAACGUCGCAUUUCACAUGUGCCGAACUUAAUUAAUGAAUUUUAGUAAAUUAUUAUUAUAUUACUGAGAAUAUUGACAGCGAAGAGAGUUAAAUUCGACAGAGUUCAGUGAGAUAAAUUCGACGUUUGAAUCAAAUGCCGUAUUUAACUAUUUAAGUCGACUAAAAUAGCAAUUAAAUUCGGCACAUGUGAAAUCGACGUUUGAACUGGGCCUAAAAUAGCAAUUAAAUUCGGCACAUGUGAAAUUCGACGUUUGAACUGGGCCUUACCGGUGCCGUCUGUCAGGAGAUGCAACUGACUUCCUUUGUUUUGUUUGUUUAAUUGAUUUGUUAAAAUCCGUUUGUUUCCCAUAUAUACAAGAAACUUGCGCAGAUGAUGGGCCAAUUCCCGUGCCAGAAAGUUUGGAUAUGACUAGUGAUGCGCAGAUAAAUAGAGAAGAGGACAACUUUUAUUGCACAUCUAUGUCUUCAGAAUACCAAUGUUUUCAGUGUCUUUCACCUACGAAAGGCGAAGGUGAUUUGAAUCUCCUUAGUUCAACAGUAGAAGUUUUGUAA